UUGCGAGUCUUCUUCGUGCACGUUAUUCGGUGCCGCGUGCCAUAGCGCGUUGCUGCCGCGUUCCUGACGGCUCGUGCUUCUUCUCGAACCGUCGGACGGGUGGAGACUGCUCUGCGAUGUCCAAAAGCCGCCGCCAACCGGGAUCAGGGUGCAGUCAGCCACCUGGACGCCCCGAGGAACAAGGGGGCGGCGACGCGGCUCGCCCAGCCAUGGAGCCACGCGACCAACCGCCGAGCACGGGCCUGCCCGAGUCAACCGCGUACGGCAUCGACGACCCGGGCGAGAUCCCUCCGUGGGCCGCCAUUUGCCGGCAGCAGAGCUCAGUCGUGAGCGAGGCGCUCCGAGAUCUUCGCCACUGGGUGGUACAGCGCAGCCUGGAAGAACGCAGCGGGCGUCGGAGGCGUGGCGACCCGGAGACCAUCGACCAAGACGCGCACUACGGGCUCCAGGACGGCGUCCUUGGGGUGAUGGUAACGAGCUACGGCACGAUGACCGUGUUGCUGAGGCACUCCAUCAGCGUCGACAUCUCCGCAGACCACGCUGUUCGGGUUGUCAACAUGAACGGCAACUGCACGGCCGCCAUCAGCUGGUCGAGUGGGCGCCGCUGUGUCUGCCAUCCCUGCGGUAGAGUGCUCCAGCGGGGCAACAACGUCGACUUGGCCAUCGGAAGCAGGUUGGGCAAGAUAUCGUACCGCGGGGUCACUUUCUCUGCUUUCAAUCAUGGGCUCGUGUACCUGGUUGACGCAUCGGGCACCAAGUCGACUACAGAGCGGUUCCACAACCUUUGCUACGACGUGGCCUUGCAUGUUUUCUAUCCUGAGUCGGAGCCAGACGUGGAGGCCAUGGAGCAGUGCUUCGAGAUGGCCAGCAAGGCGGUGGAGACAGCGACGCCAAACGGGGACCGCAUCUGGUUCGUCGACGACGUUAGAAUAAAGCAGACGCCGUGGGGUGACGUACAGGUGACUCGCGAGACGGACUGCGGGAUGAUUUGGACGUCACCCUCUGAGGGAACUGUGUCUGUGACUGGGCCCUACUUCAAGACCGUCGUUAGCUCUGACCCGACCAAGUUCUUGAGCGUCCGCAUGGGCCCCAAGAAGCUGGUUGCCAGCGCGCAAGGGCUCACUGUGAGAAAUGGCAGUCAACGGGCAGGGCUCGACUACCUGGGCCGCCUCUUUCUUCCCCGCUAGUGUGACAUCAAGAGAGUCUAACAACGGCUG